AUGGGGAAGUAUGAACUAGGUUUUGGAAGUCUCUCCCUUUUUUAUCUUAUUUUGGUUUUUUCUUUCCUUGUUAUCUCGAUUAGGUGUCAAGAUGCAGAGAUAAUGGGAAUUUUAAAGAACGCGAUUAAUGUCCCUGAUAACUUCCAAUGGACAGGUCAAGAUGUAUGCAAAUGGAGACGUGUUACAUGUGACUCAUCUAAACGUGUGAAAGCUAUUCAGAUUGGGAAUCAAAAUCUCCAAGGAUCUCUCCCGAAGGAGCUUGUGAAGUUAACAACUUUGACACGUUUUGAGUGUCAAAACAAUAAUCUUUCAGGGUCGUUCCCCUACCUCUCAAAAUCCUUGCAGAAGUUGAUCAUCCAUGACAACAACUUUAAUUUCAUUCCUGGUGAUUUCUUCAAAGGUAUGAGCAAUUUGCAAGAGGUGAAAAUUGAUGACAUCCCAUUCUCUCAAUGGCACAUUCCUAACACCCUUAAGGACUGUGUCUCACUCCAAACUUUUACUGCUCAGAGUACUGGCCUUAGUGGGACAAUCCCAGACUUUUUUGGUAGUGAUGGUCCCUUUGCAGGUUUGGUUGUCUUAGCUUUGUCUGAUAAUUUUCUAGAAGGUGCAUUGCCUGCAAGUCUCUCAGGUAGCUCAAUAGAGAAUCUUUUGGUGCAUGGACAGAAUAGUAACUCUAAACUCAAUGGCACCCUUGCGGUGUUAAGCAACAUGAAAUCUUUGACGCAAAUUUGGGCUAAUGGGAAUGCAUUCACUGGUCCUAUACCAGAUCUAUCAAAACAUGAUCAACUUUAUGAUGUGAACCUAAGGGAUAACCAGUUGACUGGUGUUGUUCCACCCUCCCUUGUUGCUUUACCACGUUUGAAGUUUGUCAACUUAACCAAUAACCUUCUUCAAGGAUCCCCUCCUAGGUUCAAAGAUGGGGUAGGAGUUGACAAUAACAUGGAUAAGGGGAGAAAUCAAUAUUGCACAAAUGUAUUAGGACAACCAUGUAGUCCCCUUGUAAAUGUUUUACUAUCUGUUGUUAAACCCUUGGGUUAUCCUCUAAAAUUUGCUCAAAGUUGGCAAGGUAAUGAUCCAUGUGCUAAUGAGUGGACAGGUAUAGUUUGUUCUGGGGGAAAUAUUUCAGUUAUCAACUUUCAAAACAUGGGUUUGUCUGGCACUAUUUGUCCAUGUUUUGUCGGUCUUACUUCAGUGACAAAAUUAUUUCUUUCUAACAAUAGUCUCACUGGCACCGUACCGAAUGAACUUACUAGUUUGCCUCUUUUGCAAGAGUUAGAUGUUUCCAAUAAUAAUUUAUAUGGCAAAGUGCCGUCAUUUCGUAAAGGCGUGGUUUUUAAAUAUGAAGGGAAUCCUGAUAUAGGAAAGGAUAAACCGACUAAAUUGAGGUCUGGAGACAAUCAUGGCAAUCAUAAUAACAAUAAUACUGGAGUAAUUAUUGGAAUUAUAGUGGUGGUUCUUCUUGUACUUAUUGUCGGGGUUUUAAUACUUGUUAAGUUUAGGAGAAAGUGGAAGUAUAUGGGUAAAGUUCAAAACCCAACCAAAAUUGUGGCACCUCCCAAUAAUGGGGAUGGAAAUGUUGCAAAGAUAAGUGGUGGAGGUUAUGGGGAAGGAAAUGUUAGUUCAUUAUUAAGUCCCAGGCAUAGUGUUUAUCAGGGAGAAGGAAGUAAAAUGUUAAUUUCAAUCCAAAUUUUGAAAGAAGUUACCAACAAUUUUAGUGAAGAAAACAUAUUGGGUAAAGGGGGAUUUGGUACAGUAUACAAAGGGGAAUUACAUGAUGGGACAAAGAUUGCAGUGAAAAGGAUGCAAUCAGCAGGACUAGUGGAUCAAAAAGGGUUAAGUGAGUUCACAGCUGAAAUUGCAGUGCUAACCAAAGUUCGACAUAGAAAUUUGGUUGCACUUUUGGGUUUUUGCUUGGAUGGAAGUGAGAGACUUCUUGUGUAUGAAUACAUGCCUCAAGGUGCUCUUAGUAAACAUUUGAUUAAUUGGAAAGAUGAAGAGUUAAAACCACUUGAAUGGAAAACAAGACUUAGUAUUGCCUUAGAUGUAGCUAGAGGUGUUGAAUAUCUUCAUGGUUUGGCACAACAAAUUUUUAUUCACAGGGAUCUCAAACCAUCCAACAUUUUGCUUGGAGAUGAUAUGCGUGCCAAAGUAUCAGACUUUGGAUUGGUUCGACUGGCUCCUGAAGGGAAAACCUCAUUUCAAACUAGAUUGGCAGGAACUUUUGGAUACAUGGCACCAGAAUAUGCAGCUACUGGACGACUUACAACAAAGGUUGAUGUGUAUAGUUUUGGAGUGAUUCUUAUGGAGAUGAUAACAGGAAGGAAAGCACUUGAUGAUAGCCUCCCAGAAGAUAAAAUCCACCUUGUUACAUGGUUUCGUAAGAUGCUAAUGAACAAAGAUUCAUUCCAAACAAUCAUUGACCCAACAAUAGAAGUUGAUAAGGAAACCUUAGUCAGUAUAAGUACUGUUGCAGGGUUAGCAGGACAUUGUUGUGCUAGGGAGCCUUACCAACGUCCUGACAUGAGUCAUGUGGUGAAUGUGUUGUCACCUCUUGUUGAGGUGUGGAAGCCUUCAGAAACACAUGUUGAUGACAUAUAUGGCAUUGACUUUGAUAUUACUUUACCAGAAGCACUCCAACAAUGGAAAGAACAUGAGGGAAACACCAACACCUUUGAGCCAGCUUCUUCAUCAGCACAUGUUAAUGGAAACAACACGAAAUCGAGUUCUCUUACUCCUCAGAUGGACAAUGAUGGCAAAAGCCAUCGACAUCAACUUUAA